AUGAGUUCAUAUGUGAAUUCUUCACAUCGGCGUCACGCCUCAGCAUUGGCAGGACCUGCAUCUCUUGCAUGGUUGGAUCUGGCUUGUCCCCCAAAUACAACGACCUCGAUCACUCUGAGCUUUGAAGCUCAAUACGCGUUUACAUCAUAUAACAGCGUUAUUCAGAACAAGCCGUCAGUAAUUAUUGAAGUGGAUUGCUCUCCAUGUUUGAGUGGUACGGAUUAUUACCACCAAAUUGUGGAUCCUCGAAUGUGCAACGCAAUCAAACUCAUGGAGAACGAGUUUUCUGACAUCGCUAAUACCGUCUGUACAAAGCUUUUUACCGAUACGCAAUGGAGCGGCCUGGUGCAGCGACCUUCGUCCCAAAUGCAAAUCGCUACACUAAACACUCGCGGCACUAAUGCUGCUUUUCAGCCGCUUCACCUGGCUUCUUCACAGUGCACCUCUCUGGGCCGUGUCAGCCGGCGUUCCGCCAUCACAUUACCCCAAAGUCAGAUUCCUGUAGCUAGGCGCUUCAACGGUGUGCAGGCUUUGACACCACCUCCGCACCUCAGUACUCAUAUCUCUCGGAUGCCACGGACACCAUCACAGUCUAGAGAGUCAGCUAUGCAAUGUGGGGGGAGACUAGCUAAUGUCUCAAGUGCCACAUCCGCUCCACUCGCACAUGGUAGAGCGCUUAUCCGCACUUCUAAUCCAAGACCAAGUCCAGAACAACGCCCACUGGACCAAUUGGAUGGUCAGAAUUCAGCGGCCCCUGCGCAAAGUCGUACUGUACAGUCCAAUGAAUGGGCCGAUAGAUCAGGACGCUUAGCUAUUGGCACUUGCGUGCAAGUCUUGCAGCUUCCAUGCUCUAUUACUGCAGCUCACUGUGGCAGUUUCCACGGUCACAGACCGGCAAUUCCUGAGCCUCCUCCACCGUAUUGCGCCUGUCACCAACCUGGACAUAUUUGCAUCCCAACAGGUGCCACCCAUGGGCAGUCGUACUACAUGGGACCUGAAGACCGCUAA